ACUAUUUUACAUAAAUAUAAAUAAUUUUAUACGUAUGACGGCCUUGUAACGUGCACAAGAUACUUUCUGUCUUUCUUUUUGUUAGGUCUACAGUAGGGCUGUUUAGUUUGACAGGUGUUGUGUGUAUAUAUAUGUGUAUACUAGAAGAUGUUUCGUGAUGAAAGCAUUCUGAUUUUAUCUCCUUUCCAUGUGCUUCAUUACUAAAAAUCAUCGAAAAAUCUGACAUCUAUUAUGCCAAUGGCUAUUUGUUAGCAUAACUUAAGGAUAAUUCGCGACGUUUUUCUUCAGUCAAUAACAUUUGUUCUCGAAAGAUUAUCAAUGAUGUCAGAUCUUGUAGGAAAUAGCCAUAGUUUUAAUAGUGCAAAUACAAGCAAAACAUCAAUUACACUACCAAAGUCUCAACCAGUACGCCUCUUGUAUUUGUGUGAGAGCGAUGAAGAUGACGAUGAUAAUGAAAACGAAGAGAAACCCCGCGAGUCUGAAGAUGAGUCAGAUUUGGAUGAAGUACCAAGUGAUCCUGCUGAUAAUGUAUGGGAAUCACGUAUACAUAAAGCAGCAGACAUUGAUCCUUUGAUUAGUCCAACAGAUGGGCUCUUAAAAACUAUAUGUGUAUCGCCAAAAAAUGAUUGUGCAAUUCCAACUGAUAUUUCUUCUAUACAGAAAUGCUAUGCGCAUAAAGAAGAAGGUGAUUCUGAUAUGAAUAAAAACCUACAACCAAUAACAAACAGUGUCCAAUUGAAUCAUGAGAAUGUUUACAUGUCCAAUCAUCUAUGUAGCACAAUGACUGAUAAUAAAAUGCUGCAUAGGAAUAAUGAGCACUUGUUGAAUUUAAGCAAGGAGGACCAGCGGCAUAAAGAAAUGUUGUAUGGUUUUAGUGAACAAAUGAAUAAAGAUUGCAAUGAGGAGCCUUGCAAAAUCCCAACCAUCGUAUCGGAAUCCAUUAACUGUAUAUCUCAAAACCUAUCUGAGAACAUAAUAAAUCCUAUAACAUAUAACUCACAAUACAGCACUGCCAAGUAUGAAGCAAAUGAAAAAUGUACGCCAGCUAAAAAUUCAAGCACACACAUGGUAUCAAGUACACCCUCACUGAACAAAGUUCAGCAAACAUCAUUACUUACUCCAGUUAAUCGUUUAGUCUUGGAAACUCCAUUGAAACAGCCAAUUGCUUCAAUGCAUCCGAAACCAUGCACAUCGCAUAAGCAACUAUUUCAGACCCCACAGAAUAAAUUGUCUGAUGAUUUAAGUAAAAGUCACAUUCAAACUCCUUCCACAAUAUUGUCCAGUUGGUACUAUAAUAAUGCGAGGCAUACACCAAUGGAGGGAAAAAAUCUCGUUACAAAGGAUUUUGUGCAAAUAUCUAGAAAUACAAUUUGUACGCCUAUUGCAGAGAAGCCGGACUCCGCGAGAUCAAAUGUUAAGAACGUGAGACCUUUAGCGGAUUCUAUGUUAGUACAUAGCGAUUCUUCUGCAAUUCAUCCUUCAGAAUCGAAGCCACUCGUUGCGUUGCACGCAUACACUGAAACAAAAAAUGUUGCAUCCGAAUUACAACAAAAAGAUAGAAGCAAGAAAGCGGGUAUAAAAUUGAUGAUGGACACAGAAAUUAAUUAUCAUAAUGAUCCGAAAUUUUCAAAGCCUACCGAGGAAAUGAAGGACAACAAACAGUUCGUCAGUAUAUCAGACACAUUGCUAGGAGGUAGUACAAAGACUGUGUCGAGUAAGAACGAAAUCAAACGAAAUGUGAUAAUUGGGUCUAAUAUAGAUCUAAAAGAUUCCUUGCAAACUCUAAACAAGUAUAGUGAAGAAAAACACGGAAUCGUCUCUGAAUGUAAAAACUCACACGAGCGAUAUCCGAUUUGCGAGAAGCGCGAAAAAGCUCAAAUCGUAGAUAGAGUAGCAAACACACAAUUUACUAUAUCAUCGAGCAUUCUUCCACAACGACAAGGUAAAACAUUACGUGUGAAGAACAAAGAGUAUCUGAUUCUGGGCUCUCUUGGUCGUGGAAUGAGCGGCGAAGUUCUGCGAGUGCAGGAUAUUUCUUUCGGCGAGUUACGCGCAAUCAAAUGCGUAGACUUGAGCAAGAUGGACAAAGAGUCGGCUCAGGGCUGCUUGGACGAGAUCUCCAUGCUACAUAAAUUACAGGCGUCAUGCGUCGUCAGAAUGUUCGAUUAUGAGAUCACAGACUCUAUGGUUUAUGUGGUGAUGGAAAUGGGUGAUACCGAUCUCAGUAGACUUCUGAAGUCCAUGUCCCAGGAAAAGCAAAUUUCUCUCACGAUGAUUCUGUAUUAUUGGACAGAAAUGCUCACUGCUGUAAAACACAUACAUGAUAAUGGAGUCAUACAUUCGGAUUUAAAACCAGGAAAUUUUUUACUUGUACGCGGCCGACUUAAGUUGAUAGAUUUUGGCAUCGCUUCUAGUAUAAAUUCCGACAUGACAUCUGUUCUGAAAAAUAGUACAAUUGGAACAUUAAACUAUAUCAGUCCAGAAGCUCUGAUGGACAUCGGCGGUAGCGCGGAUUCGCCUACGCACAAAGUUAAAUACAAGAUAAGCUUCAAGUCGGAUGUAUGGUCAUUAGGGUGCAUUUUGUACAGCCUAGUAUAUGGUCACACACCGUUUCAACACGUACGUUCCCAAUGGGCGAAGGUGAACGCUAUAACUAAUCCGAAACCGAACAUUUCGUUUCCGGCAUUCUCCUCGAGCGGGAAGAAUCUUCAAAAUCAUGAGCGCACGCCGCCCGUCCUGAUUGAUGUGAUGCGGAAGUGUCUUCAGCACGAUCCGAAAGCGAGACCCACAGUGUCACAAUUAUUGCAGGUACAAUAUGUACCAACCAUGCAAAAUGUUGCGUCGAUCAUGACAUCCGCUGACAUUCCGGCGAGCAUUCUUGUGAAAAUAAAGCAAGCUCUGAAUGAGGAUGAGUGGCGGCAUUUGGUGCAGAUAUUGGACACAAAGCGACAUUGUAUAUGAUAUUAUCGAAGUAAUACAUUAUUGGUUUACUGAUGUACAUAAAAAUAUUUGUAUAUACAUACAAGAGACAAUUUGCAGCGAGACACAAUACGGAAACAUUUGAU